AAGACGUCAGUCUAUCUUCUUCCUUCCUGUGGCCCGUGUACAUCACUGAGUCAAAGAUAGUUGUCAAUGGAUAGAUGAUGUUAAGUUGUGUUUAUUGACAUUAUCAACAUUUCAUAUGGAAAUUAUUGUUUAAUAUAUAAACGUUGAUUAAUAUGGCAACUUGGAUCACAGUGACUCCGCGACUCGAACAAGGCUUAGACAUAGUAAAUGGAAUAGAUAAUAGUAAAUUUCGAUUACUCAUAAAUCGUAUCUGCCAAACCCUUCAAUCCGGUGCAGCUGCAAAAGUAUUCAGUGUUGAGGAAGAAGAAAAGCUGUUAGUUUCAUUAAAUUUAAAUAAAGAUGAUUUAGCUAUUCUUUUGGAAGCAAUAACAACAAUUUACAAACAAGCUGCAUGUAAUAUUAUAAAACCGCAGUCUAUGGAGAUAACUUUAAAAGACACUUUUCAAGCUGACAAUGAAAAAAUUCAAAUAUUUUUGAAUGCUUGGAUAGCAUAUGGUAAAGGAAUAAUAGAUAAUUUCAGACAAGAAUCAAUAUUUCCUAUUCAGGUCAAAGAUAUCGAUUGGUGUUUGAAUAUUCAAGCUGCAUCGUCUGCUAUCAAAAAGGAUGUACGUCCAAUGGCAUUAUUGCAAUUAAACUUGGUAGGAGAACAACAAUCUCAAUUAACAGUUGAAUUUGAUAAAAAGGGGCUAACUGAUCUAUAUCAAAAUUUAGAGAAAAUACAGUCGCAAUUAGAUGCUCUCAAAUAAUUUGUAAAUAUUAGUUUAACUUUUGUAAAAACAUGUGUACGAUAAAAAAUAUACAUAUUUUCCAAUUUUA